UGCGCGCUACAGCGCCUGCGGUGACGUGCACCACCGCCGCCGCCCUGGCCUUCCUCACGGCUAUUUCACACACAGUAGUCUUCUGGUUGUGUUUCGGGAGUGUAGGCCACAAUAAUGUGUUGUGUUGCGCCUCGCCUAGGCUUUGCUGAAAAUAAUCCCUGAGUGUGUAGGCUUACCAUUAUGGGUACUAUGAGUGAGGUGGUUACAUCAAGGCCUGCCACCUUUGAUAAGAAAACUACAACCCCCCAAGCUCCAGUAACUGACAAACAGAAAUCUAAUUCUGCCUCUGACCACCACAGCACUCGGAAUGUGGAUAAAUCAGAGUCGUGCACUGAAAACCAAAUGCAACCUGUCGAAUGUUUUGGUCCAUACUUUAGACUAAUUCCUUGUAGUGGGCAAGUCAAGGAACUACAAACAAUCAUCCGGGACAGAAAUACAACAAGAAGCGACUUCAAAUUCUAUGCCGACAGAUUAAUUCGCUUGGUGGUUGAAGAGGGUCUCAAUCAGCUGCCAUACUCAAAUUGCACCAUUACAACACCAACGGGUUGCGAGUACAAAGGCUUGCAGUUUGUUAAAGGCAACUGUGGUGUUUCCAUUGUCAGAUCUGGAGAAGCUAUGGAGCAGGGUUUACGAUCAUGUUGUCGAUCAAUCAGGUUGGGAAAGAUUCUAGUUGAAUCAGAUCUGGAAACUCAUGAGGCACGUGUUGUAUAUGCAAAAUUUCCAGAAGAUAUUAGCCAACGGAAAGUCCUCCUCAUGUAUCCAAUUAUGAGUUCGGGUAACACGGUGAUCAAAGCAGUAAAUGUUCUUCAAGAACAUGCUGUGGAUGAAGAGAACAUCAUACUCCUCAACUUAUUUUCCACUCCUGCGGCAGCACGUACCAUUACUAGUGCAUUUCCCAAGAUGCAUAUUCUCACAUCUGAAGUUCAUCCAGUUGCACCAAAUCACUUUGGACAGAAGUACUUUGGUACAGACUAAUAGAAGAGUGAUUGGCACAGAACAAUGACCAGUACAUUGAAAAAACUGAGUAAAUGAAUGUAGAAAUGCUAAGAUGGGGUGAAAUUUAGAAUCUAUAUAUAUACUAUGUGUACAUUGUGGAUUGGUGGUGGUAUGAGAAAUGUUCUAGUUAACAAGGCAGAUGCAAACGUUUCACUUAUCAUUUAUUAUAGUGAUCGUUUCCAUACGUUACGCGCUAUAUUCUAGUGGGUAGGUAGCCUGCAUUUGCAAGGUUGGUUAUUAUUUAUAUUCAUGUUUAUAUAAUUUUUGACAUUCAGCCUUAAAUUUGGUAGUGUUAUUGCAUAGACUGAAGUGUGUAAUUUAAUCAAAAUUGUCUUUAAUUCAAAUACAGUAGUUAAUGAUACAUGCUCUUCAGUGCAGAGGCUUAGUUGACACUGCCAGAUAAUGUUUAGAAGUAACUAUAGAGAAAAGUAAUGUACAGUAAAUCGCUGUGUAUAUAUAAUGUAUACACAGGUUCGGGACGAUUUAAUGACAGUAGUUAUGGAGAAGUAGUGUGAUCAAAUUGACCCAUGAUGACCAAUAUUCUGACUACAGAUGGGAUUUGCCCUUUAUCUCUGCUGUUUCUUCCUAGCUCUUAAACUAUAAAGGUUGUGUACUAAAAUCUUAAACUAGCUGAUUGUAUAUCCAAGAGAUCAUCUUUAAGUCGGUAAAGUUCUGCAUCUCAAGAGCUUCAAAAGUGCUUCCAGCUAGUAAGAACUAAGUUUGGCUGCAGCUUGUAGAGAGAUAUUGCACAGGGCAAAUCCAUGUUUGAAUGGUAAACUUUUAUGCAUUUAUUUUUUAUUUUUUUAACUAGUCUGUGCCAUCUCAUCCUGUUGCUCACUCAAUCAUCAAGUCUCAUUGUAACUACCAGAAUGUCCUCACAACAUUCCUACGUUAGUUCAUAUCUCCUCCUACUCCCUUGGUGACAGAACAAUGUCUCUUUACCACUCAGGAACAGGACACAAUAUAUUGUUAAACCAUGUGAGGGAAUUGUUGGAGUAUUUAUUUAUUUUGCAUCAUUGCAUGUCGACUGAUGCAGACGACUCCUAUUUAUAUAAAUAUAUAUUAUAUACCCAUGACGUGUUCCAUAUUGAAUAUAGUUUUUUCCAUUUUUCUUCGUCAAAUGAAGGAAUAGUAUUUAUUACUGCACAAUCUUUAUAAUCUCAAUUUUUUAGCAAAGCCUUAAUGGGCUUGUCAAUUUUUGAAGCCUUUUUCAGACGGUACUUCCCAGAUAACAAAAAGCAGUGUAUGCUGUCAAUUAUGGAAUAAAAGUUUUUAAAUGUA